GAGGAGUAAAACAUAGAAACCGACUCUCUCUCGCUUUUCUCUCUUUCUCUCUCUCUCCCCUCUCUCCUGUCUCUUAUGUUUUUAAGCGGUGGAAAGUUUUUGGAAUGAACAAUUUUUCUUGAUAAGUGGUGUUUUAUUUCUCUCCUGCAGGAUCGAAUUAUAAUCGCUCACCCCCAAAAAUCACCCCACACGAACAGGCCAGGAGGCGCUGCAGGAAGUGUGUUCUCUGUUUCCAUCAGUGAAUUGGAGCAUUUAUAUUUUUUUGCCACGUGUGGAGAGAGGGUUCAGUGUUUGCCAUCUCAGAGUCUGGAUGGUACAGCUGACCUCCGCCUGGAACACAGCCCUGCCAAGCUCAUCUCGCUUGGGAGCUGAAAAAGGAACUCGUUAACUAAAAUUCUUGCCGUCCGGUCUGAGAAGUUACCGAGCGAGCUGGCUUCUCUCGUGAACUGAGGCGAAGCUUUCCAACCUUUUAAUUUGGGAAGAAAGGAACAGGGGGAGACCAUUAUGCUGUUCUUAAGGUCCUGAAUUACGCAAUGUCUACAGAAGAGAAGGAGCUUGUGCAACUAUACCACAUCAAUGGGAGAGCCUACCCUGUUGAUGGCAAUUCUGAUGACUUUACCCUUUCCACCACUCCCAGCUCUUCCAAGGAGCUGGUGGGGGCUGAGAGCUCGGACUAUUUAGCGGAGGAGGGAGAAGAGGAAGGGAGAGUGGAGGUGGUGGUAGUGGUCAGGGACUCUCGAGCCAAUGCCAAGGGACUGAGGGAGGAGGAUGCGCUCUUGGAGAACACCAGUCAGAGUAACGACAGUGAUGAUACCAGCAGGGAUCCAAGCCCAGCCUCUGAUACCCUCAAAGAGACUUCUUUCUCUAUAGGACUGCAGGUUGUGUUCCCAUUCCUGCUGGCAGGAUUUGGGACUGUGGCAGCAGGAAUGGUCUUGGAUAUUGUUCAGCACUGGGAAGUGUUCAGGGAGGUGACGGAGGUAUUUAUUCUGGUGCCCGCUCUGCUUGGCCUGAAGGGGAACCUGGAGAUGACCCUCGCUGCCAGACUCUCCACUGCGGCCAACAUCGGACAAAUGGAUUCAGCCUCAGAGCAAUGGAGGAUGAUCACAGGAAACCUGUCUCUAAUCCAGGUCCAAGCGACCGUGGUGGGUUUCCUCGCCUCUGUGGCCGCGGUGGUGUUUGGUUGGAUUCCUGAAGGCCAUUUCCGUCUGGAUCACGCUGUCCUGCUAUGUGCCAGCAGCAUGGCCACAGCCUUUAUAGCCUCCCUCAUAUUGGGGAUGAUCAUGGUCGGUGUCAUCAUCGGCUCGAGGAAGAUUGGCAUCAACCCGGACAACGUGGCCACUCCCAUCGCGGCCAGCUUGGGGGACCUGAUCACACUGGCUCUGCUGUCCGGGAUCAGCUGGGGGCUCUACGUGCAGCUGCAGGCACAUCCUUACAUCAACACGCUGGUAUGCCUUUUCUUCGUGGCUUUGACUCCUCUCUGGAUCAUUGUGGCGAAGAAGAACCCGAUCACACGAGAGGUGCUGUACUCCGGCUGGGAGCCAGUCAUCAUCGCCAUGACUAUCAGCAGUGUCGGUGGGUUGAUAUUGGAUAAAACAGUAUCGGAUCCGAACUUUGCAGGAAUCGCUGUUUUUACCCCAGUUAUCAACGGGGUUGGUGGCAAUCUGGUGGCAGUGCAGGCCAGCCGAAUUUCAACCUACCUCCACCUCUCCAGUCUGCCGGGCUCGGUGACAGGAAACGUGCCCAAGACAUGCCCCAGCCCUUGUCGCACUUUCUGCAGUUCAGAUUUGAAUUCCAGAUCUUCUCGAGUGUUGCUCCUGCUGGUUGCACCUGGUCACUUGGUCUUUCUCUACACUAUUAACUCCUUACAGGGCGGGCACACCACGCUGACCCCUAUAUUUAUCGCGUUCUACAUGACAGCUGCUAUGCUGCAAGUGGUGAUCCUACUCUACGUGGCUGACUGGAUGAUUCAUUGGAUGUGGGGCCGAGGCAUGGAUCCAGACAACUUCUCCAUCCCGUACCUGACGGCGCUGGGUGAUUUACUAGGGACAGGAUUCCUAGCUCUCUGCUUCCACAUCCUCUGGUUGAUCGGCGAUCGGGAUACAGAUGUGGGGGACUAACACGGAGGAUAUCAACCCUGCCUCACUCACCCACCCACACAACCAACCCCAGUCCUCUUCCCCCACCCCCACCCCACCACCCACUUCAAAGAAAAACUAGGUGGGAUUAAAUCAGCAAGUGCAAUUUCUAAGGACAAGGACUUCAGUUACGCUACACAUGAUGGAGACCGUCUUGUACACAGUGCAGUACAGCUCAGCCUACGUGCAGGAACCCACAGGAGAUAUUUUUGGUGCGGAGAUGCUGCUAAAUCGGGAGCGUUCACACGGUGCAAUUGGCUGCAGUGUUCAUCGAAGAUCUGCUGCAUAAGGGGCAACAUACAUACGCACGCACACAUACACAAACACGCACGUACACACAACACACUAAGUCAUGGGACAUUGAUCUCCCGUGACCUCCAAACUGGAAGCUGCUAAUUUAAAUUUCAGGGUUUGGGGUUUUUUUUUUCGUUUCUUUGAAUCUUAAUUCGCGGGAGAUGAAACCUGCUGUUUGGCUAUUCCGAGGGAUGAGAUGUUAUUUUUAAAACGGAAAGAGUGAUUCCCUUUUUUCUUUCAAACCCCAUCCCCACCCCGUUUCCUCCUCCUCCUCCUCAAGGUGACCCUCUUCAAUAUGGGGAGUAAUUGGAUUUUACAAAUGUUUGUAAAGAAAAAAGGGAGACUGUUAUUCAUUCACUGAGCAUGUUCGGUGUCGUGCAUUCACAGACGUGCAUCUUCUCAGCUCUCGUUGCAUACGGCAUGCAAUGCAUUGACCCUCAUGUAGACAGACUGCACAUUGUUGGUUAUUUUGUGGGGUGGGGGUGGGGUGGCAGUACUAUAGUUUGAAACUUGCAGAGUUCCUCCGUGCUCCUAAUGAGUUAUUUACCUCAAAUCUGUAUCUGACCAAUUGUUGUUUCCAAAUGAGCCUUAUAUUGGAUGAAGGAUGGAUGGAUGAAGGAAUCACUGGAAUAAGCUUUUUGCCCCCUUGUGUCUGGGCUUUUACCUCUUGGGGAGGGGGUAGGGGAGUGGGAACUUUGUGCAUGAUUGCGUAUCUGCCUGGGGCGCUGCAGAAUAACUGCUUUCCAAAGCAACUAGUGAGAGUGAGAUGAUGGUAUUUAACCUCAGAACAAGUAUUAAUUACUGCCUUGUCUACCCGUAAUCAAAUGACUUGCCAAAUUAGAAGGCGUCUGCACUGCUUUACCGAAUGCCUACUUUUACGAAGUAGCGGCGUACAGCUGGCGGUUGGCAACACAUCCUUUCUGUUGACCCCGCAAAGCAUUUCCCCCCCUGCUCCCCGUUGCCUGUCCAGUGUUACGAGUUGUCGUUCGGCACAGUGACAUGAAAAUCAUCUCAAAGAGAUGUUCUGAUCAUGAUGAACAUUGCCCGCCCCACCCCCCCCAAAACUUAUCACCAUCGCUCAUGUAUCAUGCACAAUUUAGGAGAAACCUUUAAAGUCCUCCCCGUCCCCCGUCCCCCAUGUGUUACAUUUUAUAGUGCACUAUUCCCCCCCAACCCCCCACCCCGUGGCUCUGAAAGUGUACAAUAAGGAUUUAUAUUGCAGUGGGAAGGCAGUCAAUGAAAAAGGCGGUUAGUAGCUUAGAGCUCGCAUCUAAGUUUUGCCCCCCGUCCCCCACACACACACACACACACAUAUACGCGCACACAAUGCCACAGCAACCACAGUUUGGAGCACGCUGUUAACAUUUUGCAAAACGUCUUGGACAAUUAUGUCGAUUUUUUUUUUUUUUUUGAAUCUCUUAAUCGCAAAUGAAAUUUAUAACGGGAUUGACCGAGUGCUCAGUGUGAAGUGAUCCGAUGACGUUUUCGAUCUUACUGUAGCGAGGCCAAAAGAUUUUCUUCUUUUAAUUGUUUGAGGAUGAAGUGGACUCCUCUCUUCUCUCCCCCCCCCAUCAUUUUUUUAUUUUGACAGCCAUAUUUAAAGAGAGAAAGUGUUGCUUUGGUCACUGGUUACAGAGAUACUCUUCCCCUGAAGGGUUCUGAAUAUAGAGAGUAUGCUUACCAACCUGAUUCUGUUGCUUUGCAAUGGUUCUCAAAUAAUGCUUGAGUAGAGAAUGACACAGUGCAAUAGUUGAAUAGGUUAUCAUGACAAAUUGAUGCCCAACCCACUUCCCUUCCUCUCCCUCUCAAGUCAUUUUAAGUUAUGAAUGUUUUAUCUUAACAGGUUGUCUUUUGUGUUGCAAAUUUUUGUUUUGCACUCGAUUUAUAUAUUUUUUUCCCCCUCCUCCCUCCUCCCCCCCCCCUCUGGAAUGUGAUUUUAAAAAUAAAUAAAUUGCGGGGAGAAAGAUAAAAAAAAAAAACAAGCAAAAGCUUAAUCGCAAUGUUUUUACUGAAAGCAGGCUGUCUUAAUCCAAAUUUCAUUCUUGCUCUGUGAAUGGAAAUUCUUUCCGUCACAGUGCUCAGUGUCCUGACCCAGUUACCUGCACAGUAUGUCCAAAUUUAAUAUUUAUAUGUAAUUGCCGAGAUGUUGUGAACAUCCUGGGUAUCUGUAUUUGAUAAAAUAAAAUGUCAUUUAAUGAUGAA